UCUCUCGUCUCCUGGCGUCCCCUUGCGGCCCUCUCCAUCACUAUUCCGGUCUCCAUUCAGUCGAGAGCUUCGCAUCGGCGCUCCGCCGCUUGAUUUGGUCUUCGUCCCUCAGCUUCUGUUCUUUCCUCGGCUUUGCCUCGGCUCCGUCUUCAGUUCGUCACUCCUCCUGAAAGCUGCUUUUUAGCAGAAAGCAAUGAGGAAGCUGAAGUUUCAUGAGAAGAAGCUAUUGAAGAAGGUAAAUUUCUUAGAGUGGAAGAGAGAAGGAGGUCACAGAGAAAAUCAUGUUAUGCAACGCUAUCGUAUUACUGGACGUGAUGAUUACAAGAAAUAUUCAAGUCUGUGCCGGAUGGUCCAAAAGUUAGUAAACAUGCUGAAGCAAAUGGACCCAAAAGAUCCGUUUCGUGUUGAGAUGACUGACAAGCUGUUAGAGAAGCUGUACAAUAUUGGUGUGAUUCCAACGAGGCAAAGUAUUACACUUUGUGAGCGGUUAACAGUGUCAUCCUUUUGUAGGCGAAGGCUUGCAACUGUUUUGGUGCGAUUAAAAUUUGCUGAGCAGUUGAAAGAAGCUGUCACUUACAUUGAACAAGGGCAUAUAAGAGUUGGUCCAGAGACAGUCACUGACCCAGCAUUCUUGGUGACCAGAAAUAUGGAAGACUUCAUCACCUGGGUGGAUUCUUCAAAGAUAAAGAGAAAGGUUCUACAGUACAAUGACAAAUUGGAUGACUAUGAUCUAAUGAACUGAGUGCUGAUAAUGGUGCAUGGAUUUCGACACCGCCAGAACAUAGUGGCCAGCUACUUCGGAGAUGAACCGUCAGUUCUUUAUUUUAUUUUUUUCCCCAAAAGGAGCACGACGUAUUUCUAGUAUUCGGAUGGAUGGAGUAAGAAUUCAAUUCCCCGGUGGUGUGUUAUUUUCUAGCAGAUAAGCAUGUGUACGAAGUGAAAUCAUGACAAAAAUUCGUUAUUUGAAUAAGCUGCCUAAUAUAGAUGGGAUUAAAAGGGCUUUUUAAUCUA